AUGCCGAUUGUCCUCUUCCCCAAGAAGGACAAGCCUCAGUUGGUCAGGGGAUUCUCGCCAAAGGUUGUUCGACUGAAUGUUCGCAUCGAUGAGGAUGUUGAGGAGGCCUCACUGGCCAACAUCUCGCGGUCCGGGCUUCUAGCUCUGUCAAAUGAUGUUUCUACAAACAAUCAUAUCACCAAGCUCGACUUCAGGCACGUGUGCUUCGGUCCGGAAGAAGCCAUCAUUUUGGCCAAAGGCUUGUCAACUAAUCGAGUUAUUCUGGACCUGAACCUCCAGCACAACAAUUUGUCUGAUGCCGGCGUGGGAGCGGUUGCGGAAGCCCUGACUCAGCAGGGUGUGCUCGAAGUCCUCACGCUGGAUGCUAAUGGCAUCGGGGACACGGGUGCCGCAGCGAUAGCUGAGUUCGUGUCCUCCUCUCGCACCUUAAAGGAGCUGAGACUUUUUGACAACCACAUCCUGAAGGAUGGGGGUGCCGCCAUCGGGAGCGCAGUCGAGAAGUGCCCAACAUUAAGGCAUCUAGAUCUCGGUUUGAACGAAAUUGGAGAUCCUGGAGCGGUUGCUCUGGCUAAGGCUUUGUGCAACCACAGCCGGGUAUCCAAACUAAGUGUGCGCGCAAACGGAAUCACCAGCAUCGGGGGCAAGGCAAUCGCCAAGGCAUUGCGGAAAAACUGCAGACUGCGCUCUUUGGACAUCCGAGUGAACCGCAUGCGGGAUGACGCGGUGAAGCACCUGUUUGAGGCCCUGCUGACGAACACCCACUUGCAAGAGUUGGACUGUUCAGGCAAUAAUAUUCGAGAUGAUGCCAUGGAGUUCGUAGCAGAGGUCAUUUUGCAGAACAAGUUCAUCACCAAGCUCAGUUUCGAGGACAACUACUUCACCGAUGAGGCUGCAGAGGUUUUUCUGAAGCUUCUGCAGAAGGCGGAGCACCUUUCGAUGACUGAGUUUGGCAUCCAUAACAACUACAUCUCCGAGAUCAAGCUGCAGCAGAUUGAUCUGUUCAUGCGCACUCAUGCCCGUGAGCUGCAAAAGAAGAAGCGCGAGAACAAGAGACAAAGGAGCCAGUCGAUUCAGCAAGGGGACGCCACAAGGGAAGAGUCUAAGAUGUCUGCAGGACGUCAAUCAAGCGGCAGCUUGUCGCGAAGCACGUCCAGGCUAUCCGCUCGUGGAUCAAGAGAAGUAUUUGCAGCCAUGCACUUGACCCCCCAGCCCAAAGCUUGGCACGCACGGCUGCAUGGCAGCUUGCGAGAGGGCGUCUACUUUGCGGAGGUGCUGCUGGGAUCUCCCAGGCCGCAGCGCGCGUCUCUGAUCGUGGAUACUGCAAGCUGGGUGACUGAAUUGACUUGCACGGGGUGUUCUGCCUGCGGGAAACAUCUGCAUCCUCAUUUCAAUUUGUCUGGGAGCGCGACCGGCUAUUGGAUUCGCUGCGGACCUAUCUGUCCAGGCAAAUGUCAGAAGGAUCAAUGCAGCUUCCAAGAGAAGUAUCUGGAAGGAUCUUCUCUUCAAGGGAGAUGGUUUCGUGACAGCUUGCGUUUUGUGUCUGCAAACGGAAGCACUGAGCCCUUAACAGCAUCAGCGGGCUGUGCUCUAAAGGAGUCGGGACUUUUCCAUGCACAGCAGCAGAACGGCAUACUUGGGCUUGCGCCUGGUUCGGCAACAAAGCCCACGAUGAUCUGGCAAGCCUUCAAGAAGGCACCCGGCUCCAAACCAAGAAACCGGGUCUUUUCCCUGAGCUUGGGAGGCGAAGGCGGAGAGCUGGUCAUCGGAGCAGACACCACCCACGUCGGACACUGGGUGCCGUUGCAGAUCAACGGACCAAGUGGCAAGUAUGGAGUCAAGGUGGAGGCCUUGAUGUUCAACGGACGCUCCAUCCCCUGUAGGGGCCGAGCGCAGCUCGACUCGGCUUCCACCUUCACCUACUUGCCCAAGGAGGCUGAGACGCAACUGCGGAGUGCCUUGGCGGACUUCUGCAAAGGCCAGCAAUGUGUACCUGCAGAUCCACCGGCUGCAACGGGUGAUGAGGCAAGCAGGCACUGCUGGCACGUGCGAGGUGGCGCGGACAUCAGUACAAAACGGUUUCCGAUGCUGUCCUGGAGACUUCAAGGGCUCGAGGUCCCAUGGCCACCCAGCCGAUACCUUGUGCGCUACAGCGGCAAGCGGGUGAGGCUUUGCUAUACUUUUCGUGCAACCAAUGCCCUUCCCGACGGCUCACAGAUCGUUUUGGGCGCGUCCUGGAUGGUGGGGCAGGAACUGCUCUUCGACAUCGACAGGGGUCGGCUGGGGCUGACCAAAGCAAAUUCGAGAGCUAAUGGGUCGGAGCCCUCAGAGCUCCAUCGCGACUCGUCUCGCCGACGCCGAGUUCCAAGAGAUGCACCGUCUUCCCGCUCUGUGGAGCAACCAGCGCCCAUCACCACCACACGCACCGAUCUCACCACAGCUCUGCCAGAUUCCCUGGCAGAGACCAGUUCCUCAGGUGGUCUGCCACUUCCCGAUCCUGUGCUGGGCUUCGAACUUGAGACUCAGAUCGUGGAAGGAGCCGCAGGACUGCUGCUUCUCGGGGCAUUCGUCCUUCGUGCACGCCGGAAGCUGUGGCGACUUCUCUUCAACUGUCUGCAAGGUGACCGUGGUUGA